CCAUGACGGGCGCCCGGAGGAGGGGGCAAGAGCGGCCAGAGGCAGGGGGCGCCCCGAGUCCUGAUACUGAGUUUUCAAUAACACUGAACAGAAAAGAUGCUCUUAUAGAAGAUCAGAAGACAUUAGCUUCAUAUGGGAUUGUUUCUGGUGAUUUGAUAUGCUUAUUACUACAAGAAGCAGAUGGACAACCCAACCUACUAUCUCCUUCUUCUACUCCUCCCCCACUUCAGAAUGGUCAGGAGCCGUCCAUCUUGAUUCCCAGCAAAAGUCAGGCCAAGAGCCCAAAAGAAGAAGGGCAUAAUGAGCAAGUUGACAACCAGAAAUCUCAGGUGGACGUUCAAAUGAGUGACAAGAGAGCAGGAUCCAGCCUAGAAUUUCCUUCUGGAUUAGUCUCGGAAGAUGUUGACCUGGAAGAAGGUACAGGUUCCUAUCCCUCUGAACCCAUGCUGUGCAAUGAAGCUGCUGAUGGUGAAAUACCCCAUUCCUUAGAGAUGCUCUACCUUUCUGCUGAGUGUACCAAUGCCACUGAUGCCUUGAUCGUUCUAGUACAUCUUCUCAUGAUGGAGACAGGCUACGUACCUCAGGGGACAGAAGCCAAGGCAGUGUCUAUGCCAGAGAAGUGGCGAGGUAAUGGUGUUUACAAGCUACAGUAUACGCAUCCACUUUGUGAAGAAGGUUCUGCUGGUUUGACUUGUGUGCCUUUGGGAGAUCUUGUUGCUAUUAAUGCAACUUUAAAAAUCAACAAAGAGAUUAAAGGCAUUAAGAGAAUACAGCUAUUGCCAGCAACCUUUGUUUGCUUUCAGGAGCCAGAAAAGGUUGCAGGUGUUUACAAAGACCUUCAGAAAUUAUCCUGUCUCUUUAAAGACCAGCUGGUUUACUCUCUUCUGGCUGCUGCCCGACAAGCUCUGAACUUGCCAGAUGUAUUUGGGUUAGUGGUCCUUCCUCUCGAGCUCAAGCUUCGGAUUUUCAGACUUCUGGAUGUCCGUUCACUUAUCUCUCUUUCUGCUGCUUGCCGUGAUCUUUACGCAGCUUCAAAUGACCAGCUUCUAUGGAGGUUUAUGUAUUUGCGAGAUUUCCGAGAUCCUAUUGCAAGGCCUCGUGACACAGACUGGAAAGAACUAUACAAGAAAAAGUUGAAACAGAAGAAGGAGGCCCUGAGAUGGAGGCACAUUCUAUUUCUGCCCCCUACACCUCAUCCAAUCCCCUUUCAUCCCAACCCAUUGUAUCCUAAUCCCUUUCCUCCCAACCCAUUCCCGUCAAACCCAAUCUAUCCCCCAGUGAUCAUUGGUGGAGAAUAUGAGAGACCAACACUUCCAUAUGUUGGAGACCCAAUUAACUCACUCAUUCCUGGCCCAGAAGAAGCACCUAGACAGUUUCCUUCAUUCAGACCACAUUUUGACCCAAUUGGUUCCUUGCCUGGAGCAAACCCUACACUUCCAGGACGAGCUAGUCCCAGUGACAGGUUUCCAUCUAGGCCCAGCCGGGAUCGCCCCAUGGACGUUCGCCGUGUGUUCAUUUGAUUGCUGCUUUUUCCUUCACCAUUUCUGGGAACAGUGAUCUCUGUGUGAGAUACAUUAAUUUUUGUGGUGCCAAUGGUACUCACAUUACCAGUGCCUUGAAGACAGUCAUGUUGCUUGCUCUGCUGAUAUGCCCCAUGCUGCUCUGGAGUUGGGCCUUCUCUGCUGUGAAGACAACCUUGUCAUACUUCUGCCAGGCUGAUGCCACGGGUUCUGUUUAUUCUGGAUUUUGUCAUUUGAAUGUUUGCUUUUGAAGAAAUGAAUUCAGCCUUCUUACAGAUACACCACUAAGUAGUCUGAAGAUACACCUUCCCUUUCUUGAUUCACACUAUAGUAAAGGUAUUGUGAGCCAAAGGUAAAGGAGCAUGACUUACUCUGAACUGUCAAGUUCGCUGAAGAGGAGUUCUGUUUAUUCAUAAAGCAAGACAUGAAAUAUAAAGUUAAUAUCUCAGGAUCAACAGUAUAAAAUUAGAAGACAAAACAGGAGAUAUUUGAAAACUAGUUGCUUGUUUAUUUCUAUUUUCCGAAGUUAGGUAUGUGUGUCAUUAUAAUUUUUAAAUGCUAUAGAAGUGAAAUCACAAAAGACGAAAUGCCUGAAGAUGGGCAUUUUUUACCUGUAGUGUUCAUCUGUAUCCAGCACUGUUAGAGUUGCUACUAACAUUCACAUGAAAUAAGGAACUGUUGUCCUUGGCUUUUCUAUUUAUUGUUUUAUCAUAUUUGUGAAACUUAAACCAGAUAUUCAGGUAUUAUGUACCUGCCUGUGGUUAGUGAAACAGGAGAAAAUACCGCUGCAGUUAUGAGGAGGACUAUUCCUCUGAACCUCAGCUUUAUACAAGACUUAGUUGCAUAGGAACAUAAGUGACAGUCCUCUUGAAUACCACAUUCUAGAUUUUACAAGAAAGUCAAGAUGUUUCUCAGUCUGUAUCUAAACAGCAAAAUGUAAACUAAUUUUCCAGAUGGUGGAUAUGAGUGGGUGUCAUAGCUGUGUCCCAGGUGCUUGGGCUGGAUCCAAACACACAAAUCUAUUUGUUUCCUCUCUUGUGUGUGAAGAAAAUUGAAGCAUGCAGGACAGAAGGGAGAUUCUGACCAGGUGCUCAGUUUUCACAGCUGUGUGAGAAAGAUCCCAAGGCAUGUCUACCCUGUGAUUUAAAUGUAACUUUUGUUCACCGACUUUUCUGUUGCUUUCUUACUGCUCCUAACUUCAGCUGCUGUAUUUAGAUACCUAAGUACCUCUGGUGUAUACCUUAGUUCCUCAUUCAUAUAAAUGGAGAAUGUACUCCUUGUAUUCCCUCUCUCUCGCUUUGUUAGACUGUAGGGAUUUUGGAAGAGAAACCCCGUACAAAGGUGGUAACCUGAAUAUAUGAUGGUGAAUUGCCUGCUAGCCACAGCUUUUAGUGUGUGAGCAUCAUUGUUGUAGAUUGAAGUGUACUGUUGCAGCAUUUAUAGGACAAAGUAUAGAGUUUCAUCAUUUUAACUUAUGAAAUCAAUGUUUCUACUAAAUCAUUUCUGUGGAUAGAACUGAAGAUGCUUUUCAGGAACUAUUGGAGUAACCAAGUUAAGCUGAGAGUGAGUGCCUGUUGCUUUUACUUGUUUUUGCAAACUGGAGGGGAGAUGUCAUUCAGUUUGCUUGUCCCUGGAAAGAUGACAGCUGGGAGCUGUAGGCAGAUGAAGAGAUCUGAGGCACUGCUGGGUAUCAGGUCAACAGUGCUAUCUUUCAUUGUCUGUUGGAGGACAGCCCUGCUGUGUUCAAAUGCAGCAUCAUCAAAUGAUCCAACUGUUGUGGUUUUAGUGAUGAACUGGGGUCAGUUUGUGGGGCUAUGCCGUACUAGUCUCUAGUUGCUUAUUUUUCGUCUAGGUUGUGUUGGUAAGAGAGACAAAAAGAUUCAGGCAAUUAAGCAAUUGAGGAUUCUGGCAGUAAGCUUUUAUUUCUGUCUUUGCAGCUCUGGUGACCACUUAGUAGGGAAAGACAUAAACCAUGCUAAGGAAAGUGUUAGAGAAGGAAAUCCUCUCCCAUCAGGGUUGUAUUAUCUCCUCUCAAUAGUGGAGCCUGUUAAUCUGCUAUUGUUAUGGGACAGUGGGACAGUGCUUGCUCAAGGCCAUUUGUCACUAUUUUAUUGCUCCUGGAGAUUGCAAAGCAUCAGGUUCUGUUUUUCUCAGACAGUGACAUGUAUUUAUGAUGCUACAUUGUAAACUGCUUAGCAAACCUGGAAGGACAACACAGAAUUGAAAA